GAGCAGAGGUGGCGCGGCGCGCGGACGCUGGCGUUGACGCAGCGGAGGGAGGCUGUGGUGGCCUUGGCUGUGGCCUUGGCCUCAGGGCGAUGCGGAUGGAGUCACCCAGGGUCUGCUAGCGGCACCGCAGCGAGCCCGUGGAGAACCCGGGAAGCCCGUCACUGCCUCCAGGGCACUAAGACAACUCAGCUUGAGCAGGGAGAUGGCAGUGAAUGAUUGCUUCAGUCUGACCUAUCCUCACAACCCACACCCAGGAGACUUGAUUGAAGUGUUCCGUCCUUGCUAUCAGCACUGGGCACUGUACUUGGGUGAUGGCUACGUGAUCAACAUUGCACCUAUAGAUGGCAUUCGCUCAUCAUUUACAAGUGCCAAGUCUGUGUUCAGCACAAAGGCCUUGGUGAAAAUGCAGCUUUUGAAGGAUGUUGUGGGAAAUGACACAUACAGAAUAAAUAACAAGUACGACACAACAUACCCUCCUCUUCCUGUGGAGGAAGUGAUACAACGGUCAGAGUUCGCUAUUGGGCAGGAAGUAGCCUAUGACUUGCUGGUCAACAACUGUGAGCAUUUUGUAACCUUGCUGCGCUAUGGAGAAGGAGUGUCAGAGCAGGCCAACCGAGCAAUCGGCACCAUCGGAUUGGUGGCAGCUGGUAUUGAUAUCUUCACAUUCCUCGGCUUGUUUCCCAAAAGACAAAGAACGAAAUAUUAGCAGUUUAUUGAAGAGAUUGGAAUGAAGAAAUUUGUGAGGAGAAAAAAAAAAUCCUAGGGUGAAUACUUAUUUUGAAUGCAUCAUUAUUGCUCGUGGUCCCCAUGAUGGAUGGCAGACUCUGUAAUAAAUUGCUUGCUGAUUUUAAUCUUAUCAUUGAGCCAAGAAAAGUUUCUCCCGACUAGCAGAGAUUUGCCGUGGCAGCUUGAACAAAAUGCAAUUGCCUUUUGAUCGAGCCAGCUGAGGAUCUUAACAGAACCAAGACCACGUUUUAUCUUCUGCUGUAAAUAUUGUUUUCCUUUUCCCUGAGGACAGCUGUUUUGCCAGAGGUGUGGAGAACCAUUUGCAUCCACUGCUGAGAGACAGUUGUUAGGGCCAACAUCUAAAUUCCUUUUCCUUUCCUUGUCAGAAAAAGGAGCGUGAACAUAUCCAGUAGUUUGGAUACCUGGAUAUAUAUCCAUGAUAUAUCCACGUACUUAAGGAUCUCUGCAUGACAAAGCGUUUGAGGUAGUACCCCCAUAUUGCUGCACCUGUGUGGGUGGAGCAUGUAAGGAGUGGGGGACUUUUGUGUGUGCAUAUGUAUGGAAUUCUUAUGAAUGGUGUGCAUGUGGAGGGACAGUCUUGGUCUCCAUCUUUUUUAUUUUAUUUUAUUUUAUAAUUUAUAAAAGGAGACAGGGUAUGUUGUCCUUUACAGCUUAUGGCGAACUAGCUAGCCUGUGGGCAUCCAGAGAGUCUCCUGUCUCUGCCUCCAUUUCACGGUAGGAGUUCUGGAGUUACCGAAGUGAACUAACAACCCAAGCUUCCUGUGGACUCUGGGGAUCUGAGCUCAAAACAUCAUGCUUAUGUCUAAGAUGCUUUCCCCACUGAGCCCCUCUCUGAUCUCUCUCUCUCUUGUCCGUUCAGACCCAGUGUUCAAGACUCAGUAAUGAACAAUGGGCUGUAGUUUUAUUGAUUUAAAUGGAUCCCUCCACAUUGUGUAGUAGCUCAGUGGUUUGACCUUUGGGGCUUGGCAAACAAUCGUUAAUAUUAAUGCAAAGAGCUAUAUUUAUAACAAAAAAUUCCUCAUCCCUUUAAAGAUGUGAACUGUAAAUCAAGGAAUCCCCCUAUUUUAUUCUUUUAUUUUACUGAUUAUGCAUUGAAUUAAACUCCUUCUUAAUGCCA